AAGAUCAUUCACGAUUACAAAAUUCUUGCAUGGAUUCAAAAAUGAAUUAAAUAAUUAAACGUAAUAAUAAUGAUCUAAAUUCAACAAGUAUUUACGAAAAAUUAUUAUAAAACGACAGCAACUUCCUAUAACCAAUAUAAACAAAAAUCUUGAUACUAAAAAUGCACUCCUCAAAAGCAUUUUCUCUCACGAAUGGAUUAUGGGAUAAUGUUCUUAACUCUUCUCGAAUGUUGGGAAAUAAUGGCGUAAAUCGUAGACAGUAUACAAAACAAGCGAAGGAUAGUGUUUGUAUCUUCAGCUUAUCGCGGAGUUUGGUAAAUAAUAGUGUAAAUAAGAGAGGGUAUGCGAAAAAACCGAGUGACGAUUGUAGAAAGGCUUGCGUUGAUAUACCACCGGAAGUAGACCCUGUAUGUAAUCAACCGAAUGAAAGAAAAACUAAGAAGAAGCAGGGCAUCUUGCACAAGAUUAAACUGAAAAUCGUCGAAGGAGGAACAAAUUUUGGGACUCCAUUUCGAAGUCUCCAACGUAAAGACAAGGUGUGCAAGGAAGUAGUCGUGUCGGAACCGAAGGCGUUGCCCGAUCCAGUGCCUCAGCCAACCCCGCUACCGCCGCCUCGGCCUGCUGUCCAAGUGUCAGUACUAGGUGCCGACACUAGUUUAGGGCAAUAUGUGGCGUUGCUGCUCAAACAGUGCCCUUGUAUAAAAAAAUUGCGUUUAUAUGAAGCGACAUCAAAUUCGGAAUGCUCUCGAGACUUGUGCCAAGUGGUCCAAGAUCUUCAACAUAUCGAUACAAACUGUGUGGUUCAAGCGUUCAGUUGUGCAAGCUGUGAGCUUGAACGAUGUCUUCAGAACUCAGAUAUCGUGUUAUUACUGGAAAGUGGGAGUGUGUCCAUGGAUAUGCCAAUAGUUAAUAGGUUCAACGUUCAGGCACCGAUAGUAAAAGCUUACGCCGAUGCCAUUGCUAAGGAAUGUCCGAAUGCUUUUAUUAUUGUUUGUACUACACCUAUUGAAUGCAUGGUGCCAUUGAUUGCUGAGACGCUAAAGGAAACAGGCUGGUACAAUCCUCGUAAGUUGUUGGGCUCACUAGCGGUCCCAGAGAUGCGUGCAAGUACCCUCGCAGCUCGAGCCCUUUGUCUGGAGCCCUAUUAUGUGCAUGUGCCCUGCGUCUGUGGAACUGAAGGACCUACUUUGGUACCUUUGUUUUCAAAGGCAUUGCAGUAUUUUGACUUUAGUGAGCAUAACGCGGAAAUGAUGACGCAGACCGUUCGCUGCGCUGCAUCAGCCGUGGCUCGAGCAGAUGGCAAUUGUUGCAAAGCUGCUGAACUAAGCGAAGCACAUGCUAUAGCGGGGCUGGUAACGAGAGUGGCUUGGGCGUUACUGUGCAAGGAUGUACCGAGGAUAUCUGGAUUUGUUGAAACGGACCCGGCGCAAGUCGUAUCUCCUGCCAGGUUUUUUGCGACUGACGUUCUUAUAAGUGGCACGGGGGUAUGCGACAAAAUGGCACUCCCAAAAAUAAGCCCUUUUGAAAUGGAGUUGUUGGACGCCGCAUUUGGCAACGUCAAAAACAGCGAAGACCUUGCAAUAGCCUGGAACCGAGAACACAUGGGAUACCAAUAUUCAUCUGCCAAGAUUGGAUCGAAAAAUGAAUUCUUAAGCUGGAAAAAUCUCGAACAUACUCGUAUACAACCCUGCAUAGACACAAUAGUGGAGUAGGUAAACACCUUUUUAAUGAAAAUAGGUAAAAAAUUCCUGUCUAUAAAAAUAUUGAAUAUUUGUGAACGUAAAACGUAUAAAACAUAUUAAUUUGGAGUCUGUAAUUCGUUUGAAAUCUAAUUAUUUAUCAAAUUAUAAAAAAAGUAAAA